AUGCGUCGUGGGGCGCUAAAGCCCUUAGGCACGUCAUUCGCGAGGUUUUACGAGGCUGCUGCUUUAACCCUGCGGCACACCCGUAUGGCGCCUUUAUUACGCAUGCACCGCAAGUCGCUGGAGGCGGCGCAGCACCUGAAGGAAUCGGGCUCGGAGCGCGAGGGCUCCGAGGCGGAGGCGGAGCGCCCGCAUUCCGCCUCCCCGCACCGCCACGACGUGCACGACGCCCAGGCGCAAAGCUCGCCAGGCAGCAGCACAACGGCCUCGUCCUCCGCGAAGGGGCGCGCGUCGCCGGAGCCGGGCCGCGAGCUCUACGAGGACCCAGAGGCCUUCCGCAACAACAGCAUCGCGUGCCUUAGGGCGAAGGCGCAGGAGCACCAGGCCCGGCUGCUCUCCAACAAUCUUCUCCUCCAGUGUGUCAGCACCUUUAGCCCGGUCUCUCAAUUCAAGGUACUGGACGAGCACACGAGGCUGCAGCUGUACGACGAUCUGCUGAUGCAGGUGCGCGGUCUACAGCGGGCGGGCGCGGUGGGCGCGGGCGCGAUGGCGGGCGCGAUGGCGGGAGCGGUGGCGGGAGCGGGAGCGGGAGCGGGCAGCGAAGAGGAGAACCCAUUGGACAUAGACGUCGGCACCGAGGCGCCGCCUCCCACACGGCUCUAC